AUGAACGAACAGCAUCCCAACAGGGAUUACGACCUCUCAACACCAAUCACUUCCACAUCUGGACUUCGUCAAGGUCUCACAUCAUAUGGAGAUGCUCAUUUCUCACUCUUUCUCCGCAAAGUAUUUAUAAAGGCACUUGGAUAUUCAGAAGAUGCUCUUUCACGUCCAAUUGUGGGGAUUAUCAACACCUUCUCGGGGUUCAAUCCCUGCCAUGCCAAUGUGCCCCAGCUCAUUGAAGCCGCCAAGCGCGGUGUGCAACUCAAUGGAGGGCUGGCAAUAGAAUUUCCUACCAUUAGUGUUGCUGAGUCUUUCUCGCAUCCGACUAGCAUGUUCUUGCGGAAUCUCAUGAGCAUGGACACCGAGGAGAUGAUUCGGGCCCAGCCAUUAGAUGCAUGUAUAAUGAUUGGGGGGACAUGUGGCGUCAUGGGAACUGCUAGUACAAUGGCAUGUAUCGCUGCUGCGCUGGGAAUGAUGCCACUUCGGGGCGCAUCUGCGCCGGCAAUAUCAUCCGCGAGAUUGCGAAUUGCCGAGGAGACUGGCGCAAACGCAGUUGCAAUUGCCAAGUCUCAGAGAAAGCCACAAGAGAUACUGACUAAGGAGUCAUUCUGGAAUGCCAUCACAGUGCUCCAGGCCAUCGGCGGAUCCACAAAUGCCAUUGUACACUUGCUAGCUAUUGCAAAUAGACACCCAGAAUUGCAGGGCGUCAUCACUUUGGAUACCAUCGAGGAGAUUGGGCGCAAGACUCCCCUAUUGAUUGACUUGAAGCCGAGUGGGGAUAACUAUAUGAAUGAUUUUCACAAUGCAGGAGGCAUGAUGGCACUGCUGCAGGUGCUUCGACCCCUGCUCCAUUUAUCUGCAGUCACGAUCACUGGGCAAACGCUGGGUGAGGUCCUUGAUGCGUCUCAUUCCAAGCGACUUUCUUUUGCACAACAAAUUAUUCGGCCAAUGUCGGACCCCUUAUUCCCCGCAUCAUCUCUGGCUGUCCUGCGCGGUAACAUUGCCCCAGACGGCGCAGUCCUCAAAGCCUCAGCUUCGAAAUAUCGAGAACUACUUUCCCACACCGGACCGGCUGUAGUCUUUGAGAAUUCAGCCGACCUUGCUCGGCGGAUCGAUGAUCCAGCCCUUGUCGUGACGAAGGAUAGUGUGUUGGUCUUGAAAAACAUCGGCCCAAUUGGUAAUCCAGGUAUGCCAGAAGCUGGUCUCAUACCGAUUCCAAAGAAACUAGCAAAGGAAGGAGUCAAGGACAUGUUGCGGCUUUCUGAUGGUCGAAUGUCAGGGACCGCAGGCGGAACCAUUAUACUUCAUAUUUCGCCUGAAGCCGCAUUGCCGGAGUCCCUAUUUGGCGUGGUGGAGACAGGUGACCUGAUCACAUGCAAUAUUGAGGCUCGUAAAUUGCAUUUGGAAGUGUCGGAGCCAGUACUGCAGGCCCGAGUCGAUAAACGCAAGCAGAUCCUUGCAGGAGAGACGCAGGCAAGAAAGCAGAGGCGAGGAUACCGAGGAUUAUAUGAACGGUCGGUCAACCAGGCGCAAGACGGAGCAGACUUUGAUUUCUUGACAGCUAGAGGUGCCAGCGCGUAG